UCACAGGUUGAAAGAAUGAUGUGAUGGAGGUGAACAUGGGCCGCUGGUCGGGCUCACGGCUACCUCCGUCAUGCCUUGCCCUUUUGAUUGUCAAGUUCCUGGCCUCCAUUUGCCAGGUAGUUGAUGGGACCACCCCACUUGGCUUUCACUUCACACAUUCCACUUACAAUGCUACAGUGUAUGAGAAUUCUGCAGCCAGGACCUAUGUCAACAGCCAGGCGAGGAUGGGCAUUACCUUGGCUGACCUUUCAUGGGAUAUCAAGUACAGGAUAGUGUCUGGUGAUGAUGAGGGCUUUUUUAAAGCAGAGGAAGUCGUCAUUGCUGACUUUUGCUUCCUCAGAAUAAGGACUAAAGGUGGGAAUUCUGCUAUAUUGAACAGAGAAAUCCAGGACAACUAUUUAUUGAUGGUGAAAGGGUCUGUCAGAGGAGAGGACUUGGAAGCAUGGACAAAAGUGAACAUCCAGGUUUUGGAUAUGAAUGACCUAAGACCUUUGUUUUCACCAACCACGUAUUCUGUCACGAUAGCAGAAAGCACUCCUUUAAGGACUAGCAUUGCACAGGUGACCGCAACAGAUGCAGAUAUUGGGUCCAAUGGUGAAUUUUAUUAUUACUUCAAAAACAAAGUUGAUCUCUUCUCAGUUCAUCCUACGAGUGGUGUUAUCUCCUUAAGUGGACGGUUAAACUACGAUGAGAAAAACAGAUAUGAUCUUGAGAUUUUGGCAGUGGACCGUGGGAUGAAGCUUUACGGAAACAAUGGUGUAAGCAGCACUGCCAAGCUUUAUGUUCACAUUGAACGUGUAAAUGAACAUGCCCCAACAAUACAUGUAGUAACCCAUAUUCCCUUCCCAUCAGACAAGGAACCUACCUAUGCAAUUGUUAACAUUGAUGACCUAGAUGAAGGAGCCAAUGGAGAAAUAGAAUCUGUGUCUAUUGUGGCUGGAGAUCCACUAGAGCAAUUCUUUCUGACUAAAGAAGGUAAAUGGAUGAAUGAGUACAAAAUCAAAGAAAGAAAACCUAUUGACUGGGACAGCUUCCCAUACGGUUAUAACCUGACUCUCCAAGCAAAGGACAAAGGAUCUCCUCAGAAAUUUUCUGCAGUCAAACUGGUCCACAUUGCUAGUCCCAAGAAAGAAAGUAUCCCUGUGAAGUUUGAAAAGGAAGUAUAUGAUUUUUUGAUCAGUGAAUUUUCACCUCCUGGUGUGGUGGUUGCAGUAGUUAAGCUGGUGCCUGAGCCACAGGGUGUGGAAUACAGAAUAACUCCAAGUGAGGAAGCUGAGUAUUUUAAGAUCAAUCCCAAGACAGGCCUUAUUACUACUGCUCGUCCUUUGAAAAUCAUUGAGAAGGACCACUAUGAAUUAGAAGUAUAUACGAACAAAGGUGGUGAUUUAAAAGCACAAGUUACCAUCAGGUUAGAAGAUGCCAAUGAUCACACUCCAGAGUUCCAGCAGCUCUCCUACAGCUCAUUCAUCAAUGAAAGUGUCCCUGUGGGGUCUAGCGUUUUGGCAGUUUCAGCAGUUGAUAAAGACAGGGGAGAAAAUGGAUACAUAACCUACAGCAUUGCCAGUCUGAGCUCACUACCAUUUACAAUAAACCAGUUUACAGGUGUCAUCAGCACAUCUGAAGAACUGGAUUUUGAGUCCUCACCAGAAAGCUACAAGUUCAUUGUGAGAGCUUCUGACUGGGGUUCUCCCUACCGCCAUGAAAGUGAGGUAAAUGUCACCAUAUACAUAGGCAAUGUCAAUGAUAACAAACCCCUCUUUGAAAAAGUGGCCUGUCAGGGAGUGAUUUCUUCUGAUUUUCCUGUUGGUGGUCACAUCACUGCUGUUUCUGCAAUAGACAUAGAUGAGUUAGAGCUUGUGAAGUACAAAAUAAUCUCUGGAAAUGAACUUGGCAUUUUUUAUUUAAAUCCUGACUCUGGUGUCUUGCAGCUUAAAAAGUCUCUAAUUAAUUCUGGCAUAAAGAACAGCAAUUUUGGCCUUAAGAUAACAGCAACUGAUGGAGAGAACUUUGCUGAUGCUAUGUUUAUUAAUAUUUCAGUAGUUCAUGGGAAAGUGUCUUCAAAGACCUUUAGCUGUAGAGAAACUAGGGUUGCUCAGAAGCUAGCAGAAAAAUUGCUCAAAAAGGCAAAAGCAAAUGUGAAGCUGAAUUUGGAAGAUGGUUUCCUUGAUUUUUAUUCGGUGAACAGGCAGGCACCGCAUUUUGACAAGUCCUUCCCCACUGAUGUAAAGGUUUCAGAGGAUCUGCCGGUUGGUGCCACCAUCCUGAGGAUAAAAGCCUAUGAUGCAGACUCAGGCUUUAAUGGAAGAGUACUUUAUACAAUUUCUGAUGGUAAUGUAGAUAGUUGUUUCAACAUUGACAUGGAGAUGGGAAUACUUAAUGUUCUCAUGCCCUUGGACCGUGAAAAAACAGAACUCUAUCUCCUUAAUAUUACAAUUUAUGAUUUAGGUAAUCCACAGAAAUCUGCAUGGAGACUUCUGACUGUCACUGUGGAGGAUGCAAAUGAUAACAAGCCCAUUUUUUUACAGGACAGUUACUCAGUUAAUAUUUUAGAAAGUACUAGUCUUGGUACAGAGAUUAUCCAGGUAGAAGCCAGAGAUAAAGACCUAGGAUCUAAUGGUGAAGUGACUUACUCAGUACUGACAGACACCCGGCAAUUUGCUAUCAACAGUUCCACAGGAGUGGUGUAUGUGGCAGAUCAACUAGAUCGGGAAGCAAAAGCAAACUACACACUGAAAAUUGAGGCCAGGGACAAAGCGGAGAGUGGCCAUCAACAGUUUUCCGUUGUGCCUCUGAAGGUUUUCUUGGAUGAUGUUAACGAUUGCUCUCCAGCCUUUAUACCAUCCAGCUACAACGUGAAGGUCCUUGAGGACUUACCAGUUGGCACUGUCAUAGCUUGGUUGGAAACUCAUGAUCCAGAUCUUGGCUUGGGAGGCCAAGUCCGUUACUCGCUGGUGAACGACUACAAUGGGCGGUUUGAGAUAGACAAAGCGAGCGGCACCAUCCGCUUGAACAAAGAGCUCGAUUAUGAGAAGCAGCAGUUCUACAACCUGACCAUACGCGCAAAGGACAAGGGGCGCCCGGUUUCUCUCUCUUCCGUUUCUUUUGUGGAAGUUGAAGUGGUGGAUGUUAAUGAAAAUCUUUAUACCCCCUAUUUUCCUGACUUUGCCAUCAUUGGAUCUGUAAAGGAAAACUCCCGUAUUGGUACAAGUGUUUUGCAAGUUGUUGCUCGAGAUGAGGACUCUGGAAGAGAUGGAGAGAUUCAGUAUUCCAUUAGGGAUGGCAGUGGCCUGGGAAGAUUCAGCAUAGAUGAAGAAACUGGAGUUAUCUACACAGCAGAUAUUCUUGACCGAGAGACAACGAAAUCGUACUGGUUGACAGUGUAUGCAACUGAUCAUGGUGUCGUCCCACUCUACACUACCAUCGAAGUCUACAUUGAAGUGGAAGACAUGAAUGACAAUGCCCCUCUCACCUCUGAGCCUAUCUAUUACCCAGUCGUCAUGGAAAACUCUCCAAAAGAUGUAUCCGUCAUUCAGAUCCAAGCCCAGGACCCUGAUUCCAGCACUAAUGAAAAACUGACCUACCGGAUUACGAGUGGAAAUCCCCAAAACUUCUUUGUAAUCAAUCCCAAAACAGGUCUGAUUACAACAACAUCAAGAAAAUUGGAUCGGGAGCAGCAAGCAGAACAUUUUUUGGAGGUAACCAUCUCAGAUGGGGGCACAUCUCCCAAGCAAUCUUCAGUUUGGGUGGUGGUCCAGGUUCUGGAUGAGAAUGAUAACAAGCCACAGUUUCCAGAGAAAGUCUAUCAGAUCAAGCUGCCAGAGAGGGACCGUAAGAAAAGAGGAGAGCCGAUCUACAGAGCUUUUGCUUUUGACAAAGAUGAAGGCCCUAAUGCAGAAAUCUCAUACAGCAUUGUGGAUGGAAACGAUGAUGGGAAGUUUUUUAUUGAUCCCAAAACAGGGAUGGUUUCUUCCAGAAAGCAGUUCACAGCGGGGAGUUACGACAUCUUAACAAUAAAAGCAGUGGACAAUGGCCGGCCCCAAAAAUCUUCAACCGCGCGUCUCCAUAUUGAGUGGAUAAAAAAGCCUGCACCCUCGCCCGUGCCCCUGACUUUCGAUGAACCUUUUUACAACUUCACCAUCAUGGAAAGCGAUAAAGUGACAGAGAUCGUUGGGGUGGUCUCUGUGCAGCCAUCUAACAUUCCUCUCUGGUUUGAUAUUGUCGGAGGGAAUUACGAUAGUUCUUUCGACGCAGAGAAGGGAGUGGGCACUAUUGUCAUUGCAAAGCCCUUGGAUGCAGAGCAGAGGUCAAUGUAUAAUAUGACUGUGGAGGUCACCGAUGGAACAAACAUUGCCACAACUCAGGUUCUUAUCAAAGUUCUGGAUAACAAUGAUAAUGGCCCAGAAUUCUCUCAGCCAAGUUAUGAUGUCACCAUUUCAGAGGACAUCCUCCCUGAUACUGAAAUUCUGCAAAUUGAAGCUAUAGACAGAGAUGAAAAACAUAAAUUGAGCUACACUAUUCACAGCAGCAUUGAUACAGUCAGCAUGAGAAAAUUCAGAAUUGAUCCCAGCACUGGGGUGCUCUAUACGGCUGAGAGAUUAGACCACGAAGCUCAAGAUAAGCACAUCCUUAAUGUCAUGGUCCGAGAUCAAGAAUUCCCUUAUAGAAGAAACCUGGCCAGAGUCAUCAUAAAUGUGGAAGACUCCAAUGACCACAGUCCAUAUUUUACCAGCCCGUUGUAUGAAGCCUCAGUGUUUGAAUCAGCAGCAGUUGGAUCAGCAGUCUUGCAGGUCACAGCUUUGGACAAAGACAAAGGAGAAAAUGCAGAGCUUAUCUACACUAUUGAAGCAGGAAAUACGGGAAACACAUUCAAGAUUGAACCAGUUUUAGGCAUCAUUACAUUGCUCAAGGAACCAGACUUAACCACAAUGGGACAGUUUGUUUUGUCAGUCAAAGUGACUGAUCAAGGUUCUCCAGCACUGUCUGCAACAGCAAUUGUGCGGAUAUCUGUGACAAUGGCAGAUAACUCCCACCCUAAGUUCACUCUAAAAGAAUACCAAGCAGAGGUGAAUGAAAAUGUGGAUAUUGGUACUUCUGUCAUCUCUCUCUCUGCAAUCAGUCAGUCAACAUUAGUUUAUGAGGUUAAAGAUGGGAAUGUUGAUGGCGUCUUCACCAUAAACCCAUAUUCUGGAGUGAUCACCAGUCAAAAGGCCCUGGAUUAUGAACGUGCUUCCUCCUAUCAGCUCAUUGUGCAGGCAACAAAUAUGGCAGGCAUGGCAUCAAAUGCCACUGUGAACGUUCAGAUUGUUGAUGAAAAUGAUAAUCCACCAGUUUUUCUCUUCUCUCAGUACUCGGGCAGCAUAAGUGAAGCUGCUCCUGUAAAUAGCAUAGUCCGGAGUGCUAAUAACAGUCCCCUCGUGAUACGUGCCACUGAUGCUGACAGCAACCAGAACGCUUUGCUUGUCUACCAGAUUGUUGAAUCUACUGCAAAAAAGUAUUUCACAGUAGAUUCCAGCACAGGUGCAAUCAGAACAAUUGCAAAUUUAGAUCAUGAAACAAUAGCCCACUUCCAUUUCCAUGUUCAUGUUAGAGACAGUGGGAAUCCCCAGCUUACAGCAGAGAGCCCUGUUGAAGUGACUAUUGAGGUAACUGAUGUCAAUGACAACCCACCAGUCUUCAGCCAGGCUGUAUUUGAGACAGUUUUGCUCCUGCCCACAUAUAUUGGUGUUGAGGUUCUCAAAGUCAAGGCUGCAGACCCAGAUUCAGAGAUCCCUCCUGAAUUAACAUUUAGUAUAAUUGAAGGCAAUAUGGACCAUUUUUUAAUCGAUUCAACCACAGGGGUACUCACCAUUAAAAACAAUAGCCUCUCCAAAGACCAUUAUAUGCUAAUAGUGAGAGUAUCUGAUGGGAAAUUUUACAGCACUGCUAUGGUGACAAUAAUGGUAAAAGAAGCCAUGGAUAGUGGACUCCAUUUCACACAGAAUUUUUAUUCCACUUCUAUCUCAGAAAACAGCACCAAUAUCACAAAGAUCGCUGUGGUCAAUGCUGUUGGUAACCGCCUCAAUGAGCCUUUGAAAUACAGCAUAUUAAACCCAGGAAACAAAUUUAAAAUCAAAUCCACCUCAGGAGUUAUUCAGACAACUGGCAUCCCGUUUGACCGAGAAGAACAGGAGUUGUAUGAGCUGGUGGUGGAAGCAAGUCGUGAACUAGAUCACCUUCGUGUCUCUCGAGUAGUGGUGAGAGUUUACAUUGAGGACAUAAAUGACAAUGCCCCAGUGUUUGUAGGGCUUCCAUACUAUGCUGCUGUGCAAGUUGAUGCUGAACCUGGUACCCUGAUAUAUCGAGUGACAGCUAUUGAUAAAGACAAGGGUGAAAAUGGUGAGGUGUCAUACCUUCUGAAGGAAGACUAUGGACAUUUUGAAAUCGAUAGAGGAUCUGGUAGCGUCACUUUAAAAGAAGCCUUCAAUUCUGAUUUGUCUAAUAUAGAGUACUUGGUUGUUAUUCUUGCAAAAGAUGGUGGUAACCCAUCGUUGUCUGCAGCAGUAGAGCUCCCCAUUACUAUUGUUAACAAAGCUAUGCCUGUCUUUGACAAGCCCUUCUAUACAGCUUCCGUGAAUGAAGAUGUAGAAAUGCACACACCAAUUUUAAGCAUAAAUGCAACCAGUCCAGAAGGCCAGGGUAUCAUUUAUAUCAUUGUCGAUGGAGAUCCCUACAACCAAUUUAAUAUCGACUUUGAUACUGGAGUUCUGAGUGUCAUCAGCCCACUGGACUAUGAAAUAAAUUCUCUUUUCAGGCUGAUGGUGCGAGCCAGUGAUGCUCUCACUGGCGCUCGAGCUGAGGUCACUGUGGACUUGAUCAUUAAUGAUGUGAAUGAUAAUCCUCCAGUUUUUGAUCAGUCGACUUAUAAUGCUACUUUGUCCGAAGCUUCUUUGAUUGGGACUCCUGUAUUGCAGGUUGUUGCUACUGAUGCUGACUCUGACAAUAACAGGAUAGUGCAGUAUCAGAUAGUCCAGGACACCUUUAACAGUACUGACUAUUUCCAUAUAGACAGCAGCAGUGGCCUAAUUUUGACAGCCCGGAUGCUGGAUCAUGAACUCAUACAGCAGUGCAGCUUGAAAGUCAGGGCAACCGAUAAUGGGUUCCCACCACUAAGCAGUGAGGUUCUCGUUAGUAUCUCAAUAACAGAUAUGAAUGACAACCCUCCAGUUUUCAACCAGUUAAUAUAUGAAUCAUAUGUGAGCGAACUGGCACCUCGGGGUCAUUUUGUGACUUGUGUCCAAGCUUCUGAUGCUGACAGCUCUGAUUUUGACAGGCUGGAGUACAGCAUCCUAUCGGGAAAUGAUCGGACCAGUUUUAUUAUGGACAGCAAGAGCGGUGUUAUCACCCUUUCCAACCAUCGCAAACAGAGAAUGGAGCCCAUGUACAGCCUAAACGUCUCCGUGUCAGACGGGCUGUUCACCAGCACAGCUCAGGUGCACAUACAGAUCCUUGGGGCCAACCUUUACAGCCCUGUGUUUUCACAGAGUGUUUAUGUUGCAGAGGUUAGAGAAAAUGCUGCUCCUGGAACUAAGGUAAUCCAUGUGAAGGCAACAGAUGGGGAUUCAGGUAUAUAUGGCCAGAUAAGCUACUCCAUAAUAAAUGACUUUGCCAAGGACCGAUUUUUGAUUGAUAGCAAUGGGCAGAUUCUGACAACUGAGAGGUUGGACCGUGAGAACCCACUGGAAAGUGAUAUUGGUAUAUUUUUGAGAGCCCUCGAUGGAGGUGGCAGGACUACUUUUUGUACUGUGAGAGUGAUAGUAGUGGAUGAGAAUGACAACGCUCCUCAAUUUAUGACGGUCGAAUACAGAGCAAGUGUCAAAGCAGAUGCUGGGAAAGGUUACUUGGUGACCCAAGUGCAAGCAGUAGAUCCAGAUGAUGGAGCCAAUUCCAGAAUUACCUAUUCUCUGUAUAGUGAAGCCUCUGUUUCAGUAGCUGAUCUCCUUGAAAUAGAUCCAGAUAAUGGAUGGAUGGUCACUAAGGGUAGCUUUAACCAGCUGAAAAACACAGUUCUGUCAUUCUUCGUCAAAGCAGUUGAUGGUGGCCUUCCUGUAAAACCUUCCCUCAUUCCUGUCUACAUCCAUGUUUUACCCCCAGAAAUUCUUUUGCCUUCUUUCUCUCAACCCCAGUAUUCUUUCACCAUAGCAGAAGACACUCUCAUAGGUAGUACCAUUGACAUUCUGCAUGUUUUGCCCAAUCAGGGUGCUUUGUAUAGCACUGUUAAUGGUGAGCUACCUGAAAACAACAAAGAUGGGGUUUUCAUCAUAGAGCAAGACACAGGGCUCAUAAAAUUGGACAAGAGACUUGACCACGAAGUAAAUUCUGCUUUUCACUUCAAAGUUGCUGCCACAAUUCAGUUAGACAAAGUAGACAUUGUGUUGACUGUGGAUGUGGAGGUGAAGGUAUUGGAUGUGAAUGACAACAAGCCUGUGUUUGAAACAGCUAGCUAUGCUGCUAUAAUAAUGGAAGGGAUGCCCAUAGGAACAAAACUUAUGCAAGUUAAAGCAGUUGAUGUAGACUCAAGUGCAAAUGGGCAGGUCACUUACACACUUGCAGUGGAAUCUGAGCUGGAGAAGAUCACAGAAGCAUUCACCAUUGAUAGCAACAGUGGCUGGAUCAGUACACUGAAGGAUCUGGACCAUGAAAAGGAUCCUUCUUUCACCUUUGCAGUGGUGGCCUCAGAUCUGGGGGAAGCUUUGUCCUUGUCAUCAACCACCUUGGUCUCAGUUACUGUGACAGAUAUAAACGAUAAUCCACCCGUCUUUGAGCACGAGGUGUACAGAGGGUCAGUGAAGGAGAGUGACCCUCCAGGGGAAGUUGUGGCUGUUCUUAGCACCUGGGAUGAAGACACGUCUGAUGUCAAUCGGCAGGUUAGCUACCAUAUUACAGGAGGGAAUCCCAAAGGGAAGUUUGCUCUGGGUCUAGUUCAGAAUGAGUGGAAGGUUUAUGUUAAAAGGCCUCUCGAUCGGGAAGAGCAAGACAUUUAUUAUCUGAACAUCACUGCCACAGAUGGCCUCUUUGUAACCCAAGCUGCUGUGGAAGUGACCGUCACUGAUGUUAAUGACAAUAAUCCAGUUUGUGAACAGGUUUCAUACACAGCACUGUUUCCUGAAGACAUUCCAUCAAAUAAAGUCAUUCUUAAAAUCAGUGCUAAAGAUGCUGACAUUGGGUCCAAUGGUGAAAUUCGCUAUUCUCUUUAUGGUGCUGGGAACAAUAAAUUUUUCUUAGAUCCAGAAAAUGGUGAACUGAAAUCCUUGGCCCCUCUCGACCGAGAGAAAAUCCCUGCAUACAACUUGAUUGCCCGAGCCACUGAUGGUGGUGGCAGGUUUUGCCAAUCAGAAGUCCAUCUUAUUUUAGAAGAUGUUAAUGAUAAUCCACCAGUCUUUUCAUCUGAUCACUACACUGCGUGUGUCUAUGAGAACACAGCCACUAAAGCUUUGUUAACAAGAGUCCAAGCCACUGAUCCUGAUGUUGGUAAGUGG